AUGCUCGGGGAGGCAAAAGAGUUGAAGGAUCGCGAAGGGGAGCUUCCUGGGAAGGUUGGUGGACUUUUUUUUUUUGUUGGUGUUUGUCUGGCGCCGCAAGUACCUCGCGACCUUCUUUGCAUAGUAGUGAGGACCGAACAAACUUCGCCUAUAAGAUUGAAGAGAGCGUGUGUCAAGAGCCGAGAUGAGACUGUAGCCCGUUCAAGUGCAUCUUACUAUAGAGGACAGCAUGAUCCCGACAAGAAGCUCUCAGCGGUGCAUGGAAAUAAUAUACCAAUGCAUCGCUAUCCUGGCUAUCGGUUAAGUAAUAGCUGGAGAUCUCUCUCUCUCUGUAAGUCUGUAUAUGUGGGAAGUUUUCUACUUUCCAACAAGAAGAAGAAGAAGAAGAGGAAGAUGGAAGUUUCCAGACUAGGUCAUCUGGGGCCAAUAUCAGACAGAUCGUGA